GUGAUACUAUUCUGCAUAAGUUAAUCUGUGACGACCGAUAAGAAGUGCAAAACAACAGAACGCACUGCAAUUUCACAAUUUUUGCAUUUUCCAUUUUGCUUUGCAAUAAUUUGGCGUGCUUAUGGUUAAUUAAUUUCGUUUAUUCGGUUUAUUUUUUACUACUUUUGUUCUUUUGAGUUUUGUGUAUUAUUAUUCGUUUGUCUUAACUGCACUUCUUGUUCGGUUUGUUCUUCGAUAACUUUUUACGUCUAAUGAACUACUUUACUUGUUGCGUCUGAUAACAGCGUGUUUCAUGAUAUGAUGUACUUUGAAAACGUGAUUUUUCGUUGCAUCAGAUCCUCAUAAGUAAUUUAAUUGAAGUGUUUCAUCGAACUCGUGAGCUAAAAAUUUAGUGCUAUUUGCUGCCAUCGAAGUACCAGUUGUUUUCGGUUGGUGUUGAAAUCGAACGACGUUUAUGAAAAUGGCUGGAAACACUCCCAAGGUGUACGAUCUCUUCCAUCCAACCCCAGUACCAUUAAAAGAACUGGCAGCGAUCACCGUAAGUCUUCAAAUAUGGCGUUCUGAACUGAAGAAAUUACGUACAAGCUGUAUAAAGGAAAAAUUUGAUGCAUUCGAACAUGCUACGUGUAUUUCUUUGGAUACUUACCUGCCUGAUUUACCAACUGACAUUCGCGAUAUGAUCGAGGAGGAUGUCAAGGAACUGGGCUGGUCAAUUGGCUGCUGGGCUAUGGAUCAUUACAGAAAAGUGAUCGAUAACAACGGUCCGCGAGACUUGAGCGCACGAGACUACUAUUACGUUUUGAAAUACUUCGAUGAUUUUGUAUGCGAUUACGACGGCACCAUUCAUUAUGUCAGGACAGCCAAACGAUGGAUGCAAUGCACCAGUAAUAUGCUCGGUUUAAAUGGUAAAUUCUCUAUCGCUUGUUUGUACUGUUUCGAAGACGUCAUCAAAGAAAUAUGGCCGUAUGUAUCGAAAAAUACAGUCUGGGAUAAUAUCGACCACUCCGAUAAUCCGAUACUGUAUUAUUGGAUUCACUACCUUAGAAAUGAUUUAAGUGGGAUAAAAAACCGUAGAGGUGAUUCUGUCUAUGAAGCGGUGUUCUGUUUGUUCAGCAAAGACAAGCUUUGUCCAAGACCAGCAUUGGAUUACUUCUGGGAUCGUAUUCCUUUGGAUGGUCGAAUGCGACCGGUUAAAAAAUUAUUGAAAUAUCACCUGGAAUUGUUCGUUCGGUGCAUUCUACCGAAACUAGAUAAUCAACUGCUGCAUAAAUUCAUCACCGACUACGGUAUUGAGUUAGUACACUCUCUGUUUUGUGAUGAAAAAUACGACGAACAGGUGGUUAUAAGGACUUGGUUGUACGUUAGAAAUCACAUGAACAAGGAUGUAUUCAGCUUUCUGGUUCAGAAUAUGCUCGAAACGAAGAUUUUGUACGCGAGCGAUGAUUUUUGGGGAACGGCUCGCGAAGACGACAGUUUAGCGUAUUUGGCUCGUGAAAUAUGGAAUAAUGCUCCGCAUAAUUUGAAACUAUCGACGAUUCGAGCAAUUAUAUCGAGCAGUCAAUUGUUUGCAGACCUGGCUAAAGGUUUCGAUUGUGAUCCGAAUCCAAAAAACGCCGAUUUCCUAUUGACCAUUAUCUCCGACGCAGCCAUCGAAGACAGGAAGAAUUUAUUCUGGCUACGCAGCUGGCAUCAUUUGAUCGCAAUUUAUGCGGGAAAAGAUUUGCAGCAGAUGAUGAAACUUUGCUUCGAAAAUGACGACGAAAUCGUUCAGUUCAAAAAAGAAGUCAUGGCUGUCAGUCAAUACGUAAGCAGCCACUGUUUCAAAUUACUGGAUUAUUCGCAUUUCAAUAAAUUGAAAGACUUUAUAAGUUUCUUAUACCCUGAGACGCAAUCAGCGAUCGAUUUCAAACGAAAAAUACUCCAGUCAGUUUAUCUCCUUGAAGAUUUUACCGAAGAAAACGCCCUCGCCAGCAGCGAAAAACUACGUAGUCGUUUUUUCGAAUUAUUGAAUAGGGCGGAAUUCGACGAAUUGAACGACUUCUUGAAUUUCUUAUGGCCCGAAAUGCGAGAACCGAGAAUUUUCAAGCAACGAUUACUCCAGUUGGCUUUCCUCUGCCAAGAUUGUCAACUUGAUGAUUCGAUUAUGGAUAAAAUUGAAAAAUUCAACGGAUUCAUCGACGAUACUUUUAACACCGUUGAACUGUCCAACGAUUUUAAAAAUCAGCUCGCGUCGUCGCCUUCAAUUCAGGAUCGUCUAGCGGGCUUUGCUCAUUUAUCUUGUAAUUCAGAAAAGAUAAUGAAAUUCGUUGACACGUUUGUCCUGCAAGAAGAAGCUUUGAUGCAGAUCAAAAUGCGUAUAAGAGAUGCAUUAAAAGAACGUUUCUCCAAGGUUUAUAAAUCAGAUAAAUUCGAGUUACACUUACCGUUUGAUAUAUCUGACCAGUUUUUAUUGUGGUGUUUUGGAAAUGACGAGGAAGUUGCGAAGUUUAAGCUGAGCAUUGGUCAAAAACCCAAGGAUCAAACUGAACCCAUGUUAGUUGAUUCAGACUCAGCGGAACUACCUAAGAUAUUCUAG